AUGAACUACUCGGAGGAGAUCCUACGAAUGUAUCCUUACCUUGCGGAGCCUGAUUCCGAUGGGGAUGAUGAUAUUGAGGAAGGGGAAGAAGACGAGUAUGUGAGGUGGGACCCUGUUCAAAAAGUCCAUGUGAAGAGAGAAACACCGCUUCGAGAAAUAGCGAAACGGAAUGCCGACACAAUACCGACUGCGGAAACCGAGCGGUUCCUCCCGGAAGAUAUGGUUACUGUCGAGAUACUUCUAAAGAUGGUUUCUGAGGCCGAUGAUUUUUCUUUAAACUCUACAGCGCCCGAAAUAUCUCCAACACGGGCCUCUACACCCCCAAACACAUCAAUUCCCGAGUCGUUGCCGCUUCCUAACGCACACCUUAAUAGUGAACAUGAUCGACCGCUCGAGGCAUAUGACGAUCUACCCACCACAAGACAGCAAGAUGAGUUGUUUAUUGAACAACUAGGCCAUCAAAACAACGAUAAAAACAUCAAUCUCUUACCUGAGUGUGUUCUACAAGAUUUACAGCAAAAGGCAGAGGAGACUCGGGUCAAAUCUGACUUUAAAGAAUCCUGCACGACGUCUAAUUGCCCUGGGCUGCCCAAGGCAUUGAGCGGUGAAACCAGCUGUCUUCAAAACGAAGCAAACAAUUGCUCGCUAGUUACCGAAGACAUGGAAGCUGUGAAUGAAGAUGCAAAACCCACGGAGGGAUUAGAGAAGGUUUUCGCAGAACCAAGCCGCUACUUCGUGGAGGGAAUCAAAAACAGGCUUCUGCAAAACCUUCACUUCAACGAGUGCAAUCCAGAGCACCGUUUUCAUGGUUUUCGAGGCUGUAAGAGCUCACGGAGAGCUACUAUCAUCUAUAGACGCACAUACAAAAGACCGAUGUCGCGGGUGACUUAUCAGCCGAGGCCGCUGCGUAAGCAAUGGGGUGCACGCCUGGAUAAUGACCAAACGAUCCCUGUGAGUGAAGAUAUUGACAAGAACCGUCCUGAGAUAGGGGACUAUUACAGCUGCGAAUUCACACCGUCUACUAAGAGAGAAGCUACGGAUCUAGGCAAUAAAAACCUCUGGGGGGUGUUGGAAGUCGAUAAUAACGCUAAACUCACGCACUCAAUUGACAACUAUAGUACGUCUCUUGGUAUGUUUGACUUUAUAAACUGUGGAUAUAUGCCUUUAGAAAAACCCAUUAGCGUAGCGGUUGGUGGUUACUUUGGUUUCAGUGCUUCAAUCUCUGAGAACAUUCCGGAUUAUGAUAGGGAAUUGGUGGACCGCUGUUUGUCGGCGACGAAGAAACGUUCAGGCCCGGUAUCAGUAACAGAACCUUUGGAUACUUUGCCGGAUAUGGCGAGAGAUCUGGCCUAUCAAAAAGGCGAAGCUGCAGGUCGCCAGCAAAUGCUAGAAGUUGCAAUGAAGUUAGCCAAUGAGAUCAUCAAACAAAAACUCUGCAACGCAUUCUCUGAAAAGUCAAAAUUCCUAGACACCGAUCUGACGAUCAAACGGAGUUUACAGCAGGCUGCUUUAGGUUCUUAUGAGGACCAUACUCAACACGAGGGGACCCCGAACCACGCGCGGGCAAUUCGCGAACGCCACUCUCCACAUACGGAACUUGAAGAAGUGAAAAAUCAGCAUGGAAAAAAACCUAUCGAUUGGUCUAACAAGAAGACAAAUGAGUUCAGAAGGUCAUGUGGGAUAUCUGAUCAUAGUCUCAAGGAGUAUCCCUCAAGUCUAAAGAAUUCCGGUGAGAAGCGUAAGCACUACGAAGAGUUUGAUGAAGUUAAGGGUUCUUCUCGUAAGCACCGCCGCCGUAGAUCCGCUUCCAAAGAAAACGAUUCUCGUCGUUAUCGCCAGCAGGAUAAGAGUCGUAGUCGUAGUGGGCCUUCUCAAGAUUCCGGCCGUCGAUACGACGAGAAAGAUAGUCCGAGCAGACCACAAAGGGACGCCCACCGCCGACAUGACGAUAGUGAUAUUCCUGAUAGAUCUUAUAAUGAUUCUCGUCGCCGACAGGAUCGGAGUCAUAGUGCCAGCAAAUCCAGGGAGUUAGACCGUCGGCUCAAUGAGAAGAAUAGUCCUAGUAAAUCACACAAGGGCUCCCGCCGCCGAAAUGACGAUAUUGAUAGUCCUGGAAAAUCUCACAAGGACCCCUACCAUCGUCAACACGACGAGGUUAAAAGCCCUAGCACGAAUUACAAGGGCUCUCGUCGAAAGAAAAGCGAGCGAGAAACUGAAAAGUCUCAUACCAAGGCUCAAGACCGUUCUCCGAAUCGUGGUCGUCAUAGAGACCGUGAUUGCGAAUCCAGUGAAUAUCAUGCGGCAGAGAAAAUUAUUGGAGACAUAGUUAGACGCAAACGCAAACAUUCCACUCCCUCUCCAUCCCCUCCACCCCUAAGUUUGGUGAAAGUUAAACCCCAGAAAGAGAUACGAGAGAGUAUCUUUGCAACUCCUAAUGAGGUAAAUGAGCAGAAAAGAUCCGGGGAAGCAAGCAGAUCUCGACGUUCUUCACAGAAGCACCACCAAAAUACCCCAAUUUCUGAUACAAUUCGGGACAUAAAAGUCAAAAAAGCUCCCAUAGCAGGAAAAAUUGCUGCGAAGGAGAAAUCCGCUACCCCCAAGGUUACUCCCACUAAUCUGACCGACCAAAAAGAAGCCACUAGCAAAGAUUCACAAGCUUCUCAAACCGAUGUUCGCCCGACCACGAAGGCCAGACGGAGCCUCGUGAAGGAGGGUACAGACAAGGAAGUUUGCGAAGUCGAGGUUCGCAAGAGUUUAGAUAUUGGAAAACGCUCGAAGAGGGCUUUUAGUAAUGAUGGGCCUAGCAUUACGAAGAAGGCCGCAGGCAAAGAAGCUUCUCCCCAAAUUAAAGUUCAACAGACAUCAAAGAUAUGGCGGAGAAGGGACUACAAACGCUCCUUCCGCCGCCGCCUCCUGCAGGCCCUCGUUUUAAAGGCUUUUAUCACAAUCAAAGCAAUGGUCCUCGAGAUUACCAGUCUCCAAAAAUUCAUCACCCUCAUGAGUAUCACUCUCACAGUCACCAACCACAAGGCCACUACCCUCAAGAUCACUAUAAUCAAGGUCAUUUACCACAGACUCGUACUCCCCAGGGCUAUCACCUUCAGGGUCAUCCCCCUCAGGGUCAUCCCCCUCAGGGUCAUCCCCCUCAAAGCUACCAUUCUCAUAGCUAUAGUUCCCAUAGCUACAAUUCGCAUAACUACCACGUUCAAGACCAUCAACCUCAAGUCAACAAAUUCCAAAGCCAUAGAGAUCAAAGCAAUCAGCACCAGAGCCACAAUGCAAAUCGACUUCUGGAGAGAGACAGCGCUAUUAAUCAAGUCAUCCUAG